AACUCAGUAAAAUAUUUGAAAUUGUUGCGUUUAUAUUUUUGUUCAGUAUAGCAGAAGCUACUAUGCCUUGCAGGAAGUAGACUGGUUGCCAGGCAAGUUCCACUCGCAAAGGAAAACUAGCUUGAAGGAGAGUAUGAUCCACUGUUGAGGACUAAACUCCACCGUGAAGGAAGUUUAGUCCGCUGCGGAGAAAACGACGCAGAAGAKAAAUUUAAGCGAGCUAUUCCUAUAAUCAAACGUUCAGCAAUUAUUUAAAAGCAACUUGCACGUAAAGAAAGAAGCUUAUAUCCUGCAUCAAAAAUGUCAGUCGCAGGCUUCAAGAAACAAUUUUACAAAGCAAGCCAGAUGGUCAGUGAGAAGGUCGGAGGUGCAGAGGGAACCAAGCUGGAUGAAGACUUCAAAGAUCUGGAGAAGAGGGCAGAUGUGACCAGUAAAGCGGUGGUGGAUGUCAUCUCUAAAACAUCGGAGUACCUGCAGCCCAACCCAGCGUCCAGGGCCAAGCUGACCAUGCUGAACACGGUGUCUAAGAUGCGGGGCCAGGUGAAGAGCCCUGGCUACCCCCAGGCUGAAGGGCUUCUGGGGGAGAGCAUGGCCAAGUUCGGACGAGAGAUUGGAGAGGACACCAACUUUGGUGGYGCCCUGGUGGACGUGGGCGAGUCCAUGAAGAGGCUGGCUGAGGUCAAAGAUUCCCUGGACAUCGAUGUCAAACAGAACUUUAUCGAUCCACUGCAGGCCGUUGUCGACAAGGACAUCAAAGACAUCCAGCACCAUCUGAAGAAGUUGGAAGGCAGGCGUCUGGACUACGAUUAUAAGAAGAAACGCCAGGGGAAGAUCCCAGACGAGGAGCUGAGAUCAGCCCUGGAGAAGUUCCACGAGUCCAAAGAGAUGGCAGAGAGCUCCAUGCACAACCUGCUGGAGACUGAUGUAGAGCAGGUGAGUCAGAUGGCUUCUCUGGUCGAUCACAACUGCAGUAUCACAAACAAGGCUGUGCAGAUUCUGGAGGAGCUGACGGACAAACUCCGAGACAGGGUGAACGAGGCCCAGUCUCGCCCCAGGCGUGAGUACACUCCUAAACCCAAAGCCUCCUUUGACUACGAAGAGCAGGAGCAUUCAAAUGGAGAGUACUCCCCCUCUGCCAACCCCCCUUCAUACUCCUCAGACGUCACGUCCUUCCACAGAACACGGUCCAUGAAGAACAGUCGACACUGUGAGUCCUCUGAGCCGUGUGCUAAGGCCCUGUAUGACUUCGAGCCGGAGAACGAGGGUGAGCUGGGCUUCUGCGAGGGCGACAUCAUCAUGCUGACCAACCGCAUCGACGAGAACUGGUUGGAGGGCAUUAUCCGCGGCCAAUCAGGAUUCUUCCCCAACAACUAUGUGGAAGUGGUGGUGCCCCUGUAACACUGACAGAACAUGAGGAGCGGGAGGGAGGGAUGAGGAGCGGGAGGGAGGGAUGAGGAGCGGAAGGGAGGGAUGAGGAGAGGAGGGAGGACAGCGGUAGGUGACGGGGGGCAUCUCAAAAGUCUAAAAUGACUUCCUCCUGUUGAUGAUCACUGAUCUAAAUAAAGCAGGACAAGGAAAUAUCAGUGUAAGAAAAUAAAAUGAGGUCACCUUAGAUAGAUUAAAAUUCACCUAAAGAUGGAUGGAUAGAAAAAGUGGGAGGAAGAUGUUGAUGGAAAGGUUAGUACAAGGAAGGUGUAUCUUCGUUUUCAUUCUCUUUACACUUUCUACACUACACCUCCCUUACCGGGACGUAUGGAGAUGGGGUUACUAGAGGAGAUGUUUGUCAUUAUGGGUGACCUGUACCCAUGAACACUACCAGAUGUGUGCUUUAAGCAGACCUAGAAAAAGAACUGCAACAAAUUGCCUUGAAAUUGUUACCUUUAAUCACCUAUUUACCUUAUUGCCCUUAAUUCUAGGGAAAAUGGUUAAAUAUGUUUUGUUCUUCCACAAUUGUGAAUCUUUGCAUGAAAUUCUGGUUAAUUUUAAUGCACACUCUUUUUAUAUAAAAACACAAAAUCCAUACACACCAAUUAUUUUCCUCCCUGGUAUGGAGAGUUAGAUAGAUCUUGGCUUUAGCUGUCCUAUGCUGCCCUCUGGUGGUCUAAGCCUGUUAUAUCUUCAGGAGUAGGAUGAAAUUGCCCUUAGACUGAUCUAAGAUAAGUUUAGUAUGUUUCCCACUUAUGGUUAAGGUUAGGAUGUACGGACUGUAAGCUGAUCCUAGAACUGUGCCCAGGCGCUUGUCCUGCAUGGACAUCAGUACUGAUUUUUGUUUAWUUUAUGGUCCUUUUUCUAAUCCAUCCCAUACCUGGUAAAUGUGAUUGUUCAGCUUUUCUCUGGGUCUAAACUUACGUGAAGAGUUGGCCUGUUUGCUUACCUGUUUCUACUAAAGCCAACGUCGCCAUUUCCUUGGCAAGGCAAAUAUAUGUUGUUGGAAACAGUUGGCCACCUAGGCUAGUAAAUAACUGUAGUGAAUGGUUUUGUCUGUUGGCAUACACACAGCUCUGCAGCCCAAUUAUACUAUGUCUCUAAACACUAUAACACUAUCUAUAACACUAUCUCUGUUUAGUACUGUUACAGCUGCAAGGCUGCCUUUCAUUGACUGGGAAGAUCUCAAUUGCUUUCUCCUCGUCUCCUACUCAAACCCAUUGGAUGAGAAAUCCAGCCGGUCUGUCCCCUCUGACCUUUUCUUGAGAUCUUCCUUUUGUCUGCUAUACCCCUUUGCCUUCCUCUUCUCUGUCUCUCUCUUAUUUUUGCUAACUCUUAUAUGGUCAAAAGAUCAAAAAGGAAAACUUUCCAUUGCCCACCCAAGUGCUUUGUUCUGUUUGUGUUGUGUUCUAACUUAGAUUUGAAGCCAUCUGCUCCUUCUGGCUUAACCCCGUGUGCCUGAGGGCUGAAGCCAAAGUAACAGUGUAGAGUGACCUACUAUUAUUCACUUGCUACAGUCAGUUUGCAUACAGUGUGUUAGUGGUGCUUGGAUCAGCUGUUUUAACACCCGCAAUUGCUAAUAACCCAUCCGCCUGACUAUGUCAUAAAGUGAACGUCCGAGGCCCAACCCUAAACCGCAAAUAUAGAAAAUGCACUAUAGGCUAGUCAAAGACUGCAGGAAUAUUGUUUGGGACAGAGGGUGCGGGGAUUUUUUUUGCCUUAUUUAGACAUGUUUCUGCUUAUGAUUUCUGACAUUUUGGUAGGCUAUUUGUUAGUCAACUUGUCUAUAAUUAUAUACAUACAGCUUCUCUUCUGUCA